ACAUCUGGAAUUAUUAUUAUAACACCGCUGUUGUUGUGUGCACUCAGACGAUAACUUGGAUGAACUUAAGAGAAUUGGCUCUGUUGUUUGUUAAAUUCGAUAAUGGGGGAACAACCAAUCUUCACAACGAGAGCUCAUGUGUUCCGUAUCGACCCGGUUUCCAAAAAGAACUGGUUGCCCUCCAGUAAACAGGCCGUCAACAUUUCAUAUUUCUAUGACAACACAAAAAACAUAUAUCGUAUAAUUAGCGUGGAUGGCAGUAAGGCUAUAAUUAACAGUACUAUAAACCCUUCAAUGUCAUUUACCAAAACAUCUCAGAAAUUUGGUCAAUGGUCAGAUAGUAAAGCAAGCACAGUUUAUGGAUUAGGAUUUUCAACUGAGGCAGAAUUAAACAAGUUUGUAGAGAAAUUCAACGAGGUGAAGGAAGCAACAAAGGGUGGCCCAUCAGAAAAGGGGAGUGGUGACCUACCAAAUAUUGUCAAUUCACAUGUUCAUCACGACAGAUCCGGUAGUGGUAGUAGUAAUGAUUCUUCAAACGUUGUGAUGGUGACAUCGGCAGCAAAGGACUCGCAACUAAAGUACGAGAAUGACAGGUUAAAGAUAGCAUUAGCACAAAGUUCUGCAAAUGCAAAGAAGUGGGAGUUAGAAUUACAAACAUUGAAGAAUAACAAUGCAAGGUUAACAACAGCAUUACAGGAAAGUACAGCAAAUGUUGAAGAGUGGAAGAAACAACUCUCAGCCUACAAAGAAGAAAAUGCAAGGUUAAAGAAAAGGACUUCCGACCUGGAAUCAGGUCACGGUGAAAGUUCCCUACUGCAGGAUAAGAGUGAUCUGCAACAGCAGCUCCAAGCUCUCUCUAUUGCACACAAAACCAAAGAAAAGGAAACGCAUGAGCUUCACCUCCGCCUACAAUCUGCCACCAACAACCAAAUGGAGCAAUCGCAACUAAGAAUCAUGCUACAGAAUUCUGAUAGUCAGGUAGGAGAAUUAGAGAGCCAGGUGUCAAGUUUAAUGCAAGAAUUAGAAGAGGAACGAGAAAAGAACCGACAGAAGUCUCAACAGUUAGCCUCGCUUCAUGCUAAACUGGCUGGUGUCAUACAGCAAGCGUCAACAUUAAACCAAACACUUGGCGAACAGCUGUAACCAACAUGCAUAUGUACAUUACAAUCAAAGAAAACUUCCACCGUCAGAUUUUGUAACCAGGCAACUUGUCAGACUGUAGCCAAAAAAACAAAACAAAAUCUUCCGUAAUAACUGUACUCAGUAUGGUAGUUACUGGAACAAUACUGUAAAAUCUUGAAUAAAAGCCCUGAUUUCUUUUUUUAAGGACCCUUGAGUGGGCUUCUUUUCAAUAUGGACCUCUUUUCGAGAUGGACUUCAUUUCGAGAUUACUUUUGCAAACUAAAGAAGGGGGGCUUCUUUUCAAAAUUA